AUGUCUCUGGCCACCGACUUCCAGAGCUAUGAACUCAGCAUCGACAAUACGUCGAAGCAGUCGGUCUUAACGCAAUGCAUCUUGCAAGGGCGCAUGCCGGCGGUGCAGACGCUCAGCAAACAUGGCCAGGGCUUCUUCAAUGCAGUCGGAGCAAGGCGUAGUGACCACAUCAGACUGGACACGGCAUUAAGGUUGGGCAUGAAGCUGCACGUCUUCGAAGCAAUAGGCCAGCAGCGGGGUCUAGACUCUAUCUUACCUCUCAUCCUCGGUUUCGAGCUGCACAAGCUUUUGCGUCUGCCAUACAAGACGUUCCUCACUAUCAGCCGGGCUCUGGAGUCCGGAAGAUGCUACGACGAGAUGCUGAUGGUCGUUGACGAAGAGCUUGCAACGUGGUGGGUCCAAUAUCGUGUACAAUACCAGCAGCGCUAUGCAGAUCUUGCGUUCAUUCACAGCGGGCGCCGAGAGCCUGCUUCGGCGAUGAGACCAUCUGAUAGGCCCAGUCAAGUCUUGCAUACCCCAUGGGCUGGUCUGAUUGCAGCAGCAAAUGCGACAUCUAUUCCUCGCAUCGAGCGGAUCAGCAUUGACCCGGAAAUGCACUUUCCGUCGACACCAUUCGAUGAGGGCUAUUUGUCGCAGUACAGUGAGACUGAGUAUUGUGACAGUAGUGAUCAUCGCAUUGCGGUUCCGUCCGUAAGCUCGAGGACAGCAUCAUGUGUCGAGCUCUUCGCAGAUCCAAGUGUCUAUUCACUGCCAGCUUCGCAGACGCUGCCUAUGGCCUGGCGUCUCGAUCAUGGUAUUGGCAGUCACUACAUGCCAUAG